AUGGCCAUCGCCGCGUCCAUUUGCACCGACAUGGGCGUCAACCUGCAAAAGUACUCGUUUCUGUGCGAAGCCAAGCGCCCGGUCAAGCGCGGGUACUUCUUGCAGCCAAAAUGGGCCUUUGGCCUCUUCCUUGUCGUCUUCGGCAGCAUCGGCGAUUUCGCGGCCCUUGGCUUCAUCCCGCAGAGCCUCGCGAUCCCCGUCGGUGGCUUUACCAUCGUCGCCAAUGUGUUUUUCGCCCACUAUUUUCUCAAAGAGCCUUUUUCCAAGCGCGACGGCGUUGGCACGGGCCUCAUCGUGCUCGGGAUCAUGGUGGUCGCUGCCUUCGCGAGCAAGACCAACGACUGCUACACGAUCGACGAGCUGCUCGUGCUCUUCAACCAAACCAACUUUAUCGUGUAUGUCAUUGUGGUCGCCUGCACGUCGCUCGCGCUGUACCUGUACAUUCGCAAGAUCCGCGCGGUCGCGAUCCAGCACGGUGCCGGGUCGUCGAUGCACCGCGCGUACGCCAAGACGCACUCGGUCAUCUGCCCCGCGCUGUCGGGCGUCUGCGGCGCGCAGUCGGUUCUCUUCGCCAAGGCGUCGGCCGAGCUCUUCAAGUCGACGUUGGCCGGCGACAAUCAAUUCACGUCCGUGGCGACGUAUGCAAUCGCACUUAUGAUGCUCAUCUGUAUCGUGCUCCAAAUCCACUGGCUCGCCCAAGGCCUCAAGACAUCCGACACCAUCUUUGUCGUCCCUGUCUUCCAGUGCUUUUUCAUCGCCGUAUCGAUCGUCGGCGGCGCCGUCUACUUUAACGAGUUUGCGACCAUGAGCGUCCUCCAGCUGAUUAUGUUCUUCGUGGGCGUUGUCAUUACGCUUGGCGGUGUCCUUAUCCUCUCCAAGCGCGAAACGAGCACGCUCCCGCCGACCCAGAAAUGGCGCGCCGCGGUGAUCAUGAUCAUCUUUAUCAAGCGCACGCAGAAGCGCAUUGGUCACCCAUACUCGUGGACGGCAGCGAACGCACCGCCGAUGCUGCAGCCGAUAGCAACCAAAUCGAGCCGCGUUUUGCCCAUAAGUUCGGCCGUCAACAUCGACUCGACCGUGCUGGCGAGCGAGCCUGUCGACGUUCGGAAGAGCGGGACGGGUCCGGUGGCGAGCCUUUCGUGGGCCAAGGUCGCUACCAUCGAUAGCCCGCCAAGGGCGACAAACGAGUAG